AUGCGGUUCAAAUUCGCCAAUGACGAAAAUAUGAUAAUUUCCCCAAAUACGAUACGACGCGCAUUAAGAAGACAAGGUCUAGUAGCAAGAGUAAAGAAAAAAAAACCCCUACUGAGGAAGCGGCAUAGAAUAGCACGACUAAAAUUUGCGAGAAAGUAUAGAGAUUGGACUGUGCGCAAGGUUAUCUGGUCAGAUGAAAGUAAGUUUAUGAUUUGGAACUCGGAUGGAAGAGAGUGGUGUUGGAGGGAUCCAAAAUUGCCUAUAACGUCACAACAUGUUAAACCAACGGUGAAGUAUGGCAAGGAGUCAGUCAUGGUAUGGGCCUGCUUCGGUUAUUUUGGCGUCGGAUUAUGUUGUAAAAUUGACGGUCGAAUGAAUGGCAUUAAUGAUGUCAUCUUCCAGCAUGACAAUGACCCGAAACAUGCUGCUCAUGAGACUAAAGAGGUGGUUGAAGACGACCUCUGGAAUAAAGUACAACAGGUAUGGAAUGAGGUCGAUGUUGAGUUUUGUUUGAAGCUAAUUGAUACUAUGCCACAAAGGAUUGCAGACGUGCUCAAGGCCAGUGGUGGUUACACUCGAUGGUAA